AUGCUUUUCGUGGAGAAGCAGAAGCGCGAGGAUCGGGCCAGGGAGUCCCAACUCCUGCACCUGCUGAACGCCAUCGACGACAAUCACGACAACAUCAUAACCUUCCAGGAAUUCUGCGACUGCCUGGAGCGGCAAGAUAUCAUCGAUUAUUUUUCUGCGUUGCACGUCGACAUCGAAGACGCCAAACAGUUUUUCCCGCUGUUGGACGAGGACGGCUGCGGGCAGGUAGAUCUCAUCCAGUUCGUGACGGGGAUGGAGAAAUUGCGGGGGGAGGCCAGGAGCGCAGACAUCCACAUCGUGCUGCACCAGAACAGGAAGGUCAUGACGAUGCUGAACAAACUCAUGAAGCUUCUCGGCGGCCAGGGAGACGUGACGUGCUAG